AGUACGCGAGCAUAACCUUGUGCUGCAGUGUUGUUACAGCUAAGGAAACACGACCGAAACUGUUUUAUUUCGCCUAAUUUAUUAAUUAUGAGCAAGUAUGUCUUGCCAGUUUCUGUGUUCGGAACUGUUAUUGGAUGCGCUGUCUUGCUCAAGAACCAUGUGACAGGGGGCCGAUGUCCUAGCAAAGCUAAGAUAAACGGGAAGACGGUGGUUGUAACAGGAGCCAACACAGGCAUCGGCAAAGAGACAGCGAGGGAAUUGGCCAAGAGAGGGGGUCGCAUCAUUAUGGGAUGCCGAGACAUGGAGAAGUGCGAGGCGGCUGCCAAAGAAAUCAGAGGCAACACACUGAAUCCCCAUGUCUACGCGUGUCAGCUUGACUUGGCCUCCAUGAAAUCCAUACGAGAGUUUGCUGAGAAGAUCAAAGAAAAGGAGCAGCGUGUGGAUGUGCUAAUAAACAAUGCAGGGGUCAUGAGAUGUCCUGCCUGGAAAACAGAGGAUGGAUUUGAGAUGCAGUUUGGAGUUAACCACUUAGGCCACUUCUUAUUGACAAAUCUUCUGCUGGAUAAAUUAAAAGAGUCCGCCCCCAGCAGAGUGAUCAACCUGGCCUCGCUCGUCCACAUCAUUGGAAAGAUUGACUUUGACGACCUGAACUGGGAGAGAAAGAAGUAUGAUACCAAGCAAGCGUACUGUCAGAGCAAGCUUGCCAAUGUUCUCUUCACAAGAGAGCUGGCCAAGCGCUUACAAGGCACGGGAAUCACAGUGAAUGCAGUGCACCCUGGGGUUGUUGCCACGGAGCUUGGCAGGCACACUGGUCUGCACCAAUCUUGGCUCUCCAGCACCAUGCUCAGUCCUUUUUUCUCGCUGUUGGUAAAGAACCCAGAGCUUGGGUCGCAGCCCAGUGUCUACAUGGCUGUGGCCGAGGAGAUGGAAGGGGUGACGGGACGCUAUUAUGACGUGCUGACAGAAAAGGAGCCGGCACCCCAGGCUAUGGAUGAGGAUGCAGCUCGCAGGCUUUGGGAGAUCAGCAGCAGGCUGGUGGGCCUGGAAGAGGAAAAACUGUUUAACACGCCAGCACAAAGUCAGAACAGUGCUGAGCAGACACAUGGACAGAGCACAGGACCAGUUGUUGGAGCUGUGGGGUUGUAA